UAUGUGUUCGCUUCAGGAACCUGGAAUGCUGAUGUGUGACUAGAAGUCCCAACGUAGUGUGUUUUCUCGGUUUUAUUUUGAUGCUGUGACAUAUUAAAAAGGAGAAGCGGCGGCGGGUCUGAGGUCCAUGUCCAAAAAGACGCAGAGGCAGAAAACAGCGGGUCUGAGAGCGAAUGGCGCCCAAAGGUAAAGUUGGCACGAAGGGAAAGAAACAGAUCUAUGAGGAGAAUGAGGCCACUCUGAAGUUCUACACCAGAGUCAUCCUCGGAGCUAAUGCCAUAUAUGCUGCUGUGAAUCUUUUGGUUUUCUAUAGUUCAUCUACAUUUUGGACAUGGCUGCUGCUUGUAUUUGCUUUGGCGGUGUACGUUGGGAGUUACCGCACCAUGUCAGCUAUGGCCAAGCCAGUGUUUGCUGAGGAUGGAAGUCUUCUGGACGGAGGAAUAGACUUAAACAUGGAGCAGGGAAUGGCGGAACACCUGAAGGACGUCAUCCUGCUCACAGCAAUUGUACAAGUGCUCAGCACAAUCUCCUCUUACUUCUGGUAUCUCUGGCUUCUGGCUCCAGCCCGAGCCCUUCAUCUGCUGUGGGUGAACUUCCUGGGCCCCUGGUUUACGGCAGAAAGCCCCUCGGCACCGGAGGAGGUGAACGAGAAGAAGCAGAGGAGACAAGAGCGCAGACAGAUGAAGAGGUUCUGACGCUGCAGAACAUUUGGAGCAGUAUUUUUAUACACAAAAUCUAGAUCGCAAGAAGCCCAUAAGUUAUUCAGGAACACAUGUUGUUAUCACGCUAAACUCAAUCCAAAUGUAAUACUGUGGAAUCUUGUUUUCAAUGUUUCUUUGCUUUCUGCCUUCUCCUAAUCCAAAUUGCCUAAUCAAAUUUUCUUCCUAAAUUAUAAAAUGAAAAUUUCCACAUUUAAAUAAUAUCGUGGUCUGAAUAUCAUUUGUCCUCAUGCAGUGAUUUAAGAGUUUAGCCAUUGCUCAAUUCUGUCACACUGGCCCCUGCAUAUUUCUGUGAAAUGCCUCCAAAAUGGUUUAAAAUGAGUCAAAAUCUACAGAUACAUAGAUUUAUUGUCCGUGCCACUUUUGUAUUUUUACUUCAUUUAUUUUAAUUUCUUUCCAUUUUCUUGCUGUAACAGACCUCUAUCAGUCAUCACUCAUGCAGAGGCAGGAUACUUCCAUCAUAAAAUGUUAAGUAUUAUCAGAUGGAUUGAACUGAGAUUUAUUAGAAAAUGGGAACAAGGUUUUUUCAAUAAAAAUGUUCAGUCAAA